UAGGUGCGUAUGCGCAUGCGCAGGAAUGUUGAAAAUGGUGUCACCCAGCUACCCGGUCUCUGGUAUCUGAAUUCUGUUCUCUCCGAUCAGCAGUUGCACACCCGUCCUUUGUCUCCAGCUUCCAUCCACUCCCCGCUUUUAUACUGUCCGCGACCAAGCCGUCAGGUUGCCAGGCGGCUCCUGCCUCCUGAGUUUUAUCUCAGAUGCGGCUGUGUUUCCAACCCCUCGCUUCUGAGGGACUGCGGCUUUGACCCGUUGUGCCCCUCUGCUGGAGGGUCUCAUCGAGCUCUGGCCGGGUGCUGGCCGCACCCGGGAUCGUUUACAGGCCUGCACUGCUGCUGCUGCCGCCCAGAGACUGCGGCCGGUGCCAGCCCCCCCCAGAAAAAGUUGACGCGAUCGUAUAGCAGCAUCACUUCAGGGUUUCUGGAAAAUCACAACACCCAUCUGGCACAAGCCUUCACCCACAACGACCUUGUUCCAGCACCAACGAAUGUGGUUGUUCUCCAGGAUCCAGUGGACCUUUGCCUGUGGGGAGUCCUCCCAGCAGGGGAACUACCUGUCUCCAUGUGGCCCGAACACGCCCGGACUUCACUCUUCUCCUGGGGAUUCGCCCGUCUCACCAGAGCACCACCAGGUGAUGGACAGAAUUUGUUUACGAAAGACGUGACAGUGAUCGAGGGAGAAGUUGCGACCAUCAGCUGCCAAGUCAAUAAGAGUGACGACUCUGUGAUCCAGCUGCUGAAUCCCAACAGGCAGACCAUUUAUUUCAGGGACUUCAGGCCUCUGAAGGACAGCAGGUUUCAGUUGCUGAAUUUUUCUAGCAGUGAACUCAAAGUGUCGCUGACAAAUGUCUCGAUUUCGGAUGAAGGAAGAUACUUUUGCCAGCUCUACACUGACCCCCCCCAGGAAAGUUACACCACAAUCACAGUGCUGGUCCCACCACGCAAUCUGAUGAUCGAUAUCCAGAAAGACACCGCGGUGGAAGGCGAGGAGAUCGAAGUCAACUGCACCGCCAUGGCCAGCAAACCAGCCACGACUAUCAGGUGGUUCAAAGGGAACAAGGAGCUAAAAGGCAAAUCGGAGGUGGAGGAGUGGUCAGACAUGUACACUGUGACGAGCCAGCUGAUGCUGAAGGUUCACAAGGAGGAUGAUGGGGUCCCAGUGAUCUGCCAGGUAGAGCACCCUGCCGUGACCGGAAACUUGCAGACGCAGCGGUACCUGGAAGUACAGUAUAAGCCUCAAGUGCAUAUUCAGAUGACUUAUCCUCUACAAGGCCUAACCCGGGAAGGGGAUGCGCUCGAGUUAACAUGUGAAGCCAUCGGGAAGCCCCAGCCUGUGAUGGUGACCUGGGUUAGAGUCGAUGACGAAAUGCCUCAACACGCCGUCCUGUCCGGGCCCAACCUGUUCAUCAAUAACCUAAACAAAACAGAUAAUGGUACAUACCGCUGUGAAGCUUCCAACAUAGUGGGGAAAGCUCACUCGGAUUAUAUGCUGUAUGUUUACGAUCCCCCCACAACUAUCCCUCCCACCACCACCACCACCACCACCACCACCACCACCACCACCACCAUCCUUACCAUCAUCACAGACACAGCAGCGACGACAGAGCCCGCAGUUCACGGCCUUACUCAGUUGCCCAAUUCCGCAGAAGAGCUGGACAGUGAGGACCUCUCAGAUUCUCGAGCGGGUGAAGAAGGCGCCAUCAGAGCGGUGGAUCAUGCCGUGAUCGGCGGGGUCGUGGCCGUGGUGGUGUUCGCCAUGCUGUGCUUGCUCAUCAUUCUGGGGCGCUACUUUGCCAGACAUAAAGGUACAUACUUCACUCAUGAAGCCAAAGGAGCCGAUGACGCAGCAGACGCAGACACAGCUAUAAUCAAUGCAGAAGGAGGACAGAACAACUCCGAAGAAAAGAAAGAGUACUUCAUCUAGAUCAGCCUUUUUGUUUCAAUGAGGUGUCCAACUGGCCCUAUUUAGAUGAUAAAGAGACAGUGAUAUUGGAA